AUGGGAGCUGACGUGUUUUUGUUGGUCUUCUCUAUCAUUAGCAAAGCCAGUUACGAGAAAAUCUACAAAAAGCGGAUACCUGAGCUAAGGGACUAUCCCCUUAAGUUCAUCAUUCUAGUAAGCAUUACAAUGAUUUUAGGUGGAACAUUACAAGGCCUCAAGACUUGGAGGCAACAUGAUGGCUCAUCUAGAUUUGUUGUUUUAUCGGUUAGGUUUUCCAACUUCAAGAAUACUCGGGGAAAUUCUCUAGAGUCUCCAACUGAUUUUGAUCUUCCUGGGGCAACAGAAGAAUCGGGAAGGAAACUGAAGGUUUAUGCUCUGGAGAAAAAACCAAAUGAACCCUUCAUGUGA